UAAACAUGCAUGCUGUUAUCCUCAGCUCCUCAAGGCUGGUUCGACGUUUCGACGGUUCUUUAAGGGUGGUAUCCUAGAAUCAAAACCUAUCCGUCAUCGCCUAUUCUGUCACCGAGCUGUUUCGUCGGGAAUUCUUCUGGUAUAAGUCGUCGAAUAACUAUACCGGCGACCCCGAUUUUAUUUUAUUUUAAUUCUAGGCCUUAUGUUCUUGGCUCUCUACAUACACAUCUCAUAUACCUUACCUAGGUAUAUAACUUACUCUUCUAUAACUAGCUAUUGUCUUAGUUAAAACUGUUUGCUCGGCUAGCAACUUGCAUCAUCGUAGUACCGAAACCCCCCCCCCCCACGGCAAACAAAAGUCUCAACAUUCUCGUGCUUCCCCGAACCCUCCCAAACCGCACGAGUGAGGAGGAUUCGGCGUGGGUAACACCUAUUGAUAAGUAGAUGAGUGAUUAGGUUGAUGUGCUUCUCGAUUGCGAUCGCUCCAGACGAGAGACAUCACCACCACCAUGGCCUCAGUCGCGUCUGCCUCCCCGUCUUCUAUUCCCCACAUGGAAUCAGGAGAUGAAUCCGACGGCUCGUGGCAGCGCGUAGAGUCUUACUCGGCCUCUGUUGGUUUUAUGCCCAGUCCCUCUAGCUCGAGCAUGCAAAGCUGGGGGGUCAUUGGGAUGAAUCCCAACCAGAUCCAAGCCUCACCCGUUGCCAUGUCCCCUCUCCAACUAGAACACGACCACUCCCGCGUGGUGCCUUCUAGUUCCUUUCCCGAUCACGCAACGGAUGCUUCUGUAAUGGCGACCGCAGGCAUGCAAAGCCAAUUGCUAUCCAACUUUGGUGACCAGGACCAGUUCAUGGCUGGUGAGCAGGACUUGAUGUUUAACGAGCCAUUUACGAAUAUAGAUAUGGCCCAAUAUUACUCUACAUUCCAUGGUAGCAUGACCACCAACAUGGCGGGGAUAGGUGGUUUCGAUAUGCCGACUCAGACGGCUGAGCUCAACAUCCCAGCCCACUUCCAGAACGACAACAACGUUCCUCCGUGGGCGCCUACGAACCUGAAGAACGAAGGGUUCUCGCCGGUGGCAGGUGACGAGGUCAUCAGCAUAACGUCUCAGUCCCCGGAGCAGCGAUCUCCGACGCAUAGCUCCCUCCAGUCGAGUCCGAGAUCUCCGUACGUCAAGGCGGAACCCGGCAAGGGCGCAAGCCCUAUACGCAAAGUCAGGAGCGGCUACAAGGUUGAGAAGAGGAAGGCGGAGGCGUCGAGCAAAUUCGUCAUCAUGACCCCGAACCUCAUCCACCAACAGUCGGGGAAGCCGAAUCCUUUCGAAUGCUUCGAGGCUAUGCGAACCACUCAGAGAGGGAGAAAGGGGCCGCUGGCGCACGAGACCAAGGAGAGCGCCCUGCAGGUUCGGAGGUUGGGAGCUUGUUUCUGUUGCCAUAGCCGCAAAGUGAAGUGCGACAAAGAGCGGCCGUGUAAGAACUGCAAGAAGCUCACGGCACAAGUUCCACAGAUAAUGUGCUGGCAGUUCGGAGACUUUCUCCCCGUGCUAUUCCCAGAGUUCAUGCGAUUGCACUUCAAGAAGGACCAGAUAGCGAGCUUCAUCAGCGAGAACGUCGAAAGCUUCAAGCCCAACAACGCUGAAGCCACGUGCGCCGUCGAGCUCUUCUCCGGCUCUAAGUUCAAUUCGACGCUCACCAUCCCCGCCAGCUUCUUCACGCCCAAAUCCGCCGAGAUCCUGCAGCAUUGGCACGUGAACAUGGGCAUAAACCAGAUGGAUUUGCAGUCGAGAGGCGCCGCCCCGAUCGGCAUCGACCCGGACAACUCGACGCAGAGGGAGGAGUUGAAGAGACGGGCUCGCGAGUACAUCCAGAACCUCACAGCCGAGCCCAUGUACGCCCAGCAGGUGACGGAUGCUAUCCGGUCAACCCAAGUACCGCGGAAAGUCUUGUCGAUUGUGCAGCGCUUCGCGCAGCGUUCCGAGUCUUCGCAGGUGGCCAUGGUGAAGCGCGCACUGAGCAUCUACGUCACACACUACGUGCUCACACGACAGCUCUGCCUCACCGAAGCUACGAUCGUCAGCUUGCGAGACACGAACAUGGUGCCGCGAGGCAACCCGUGGCUGACGUCGCGGGUGCUGAACCGGCAGGUGAAGGCGGUCCUCGACGAGAUGCUGCUGAAGGAGAUGCAGGCGCUCUUCGACGGGUUCUCCAAGUCGCUGAAGCCGAAGCUGCGGCGCGAGUGGGCGCCGUGUCUGGCCGCGUUCCUGGUGCUGUGCCUGUUCAUGGAGACGGUAGAGACGGCUGCCGACACGUUCGUCAUCUCGCAGAACGAGAUCUCCAUCCGCAACCGCUCUAAACCCGAGUACCGCCGCGACUUUGCGCUCACGCUCUGCCGCGACAUCGACAACCUCCCCUUCAAGCAGUUCGCAUACCAGUUCCACCAGGUCUACCAGACCCAUAUCCGGGACACCGGCGCCAAGGCCUUCAACCCCCUCGCCGACGCCAACUUUGCGCAGAUGGACGAGCUAGACGGCCCGGCUGCCGAGAUGGUAGCCUCGCUGAAGGAGCUGCUCCAGGGCGACGGAUGGGCCGAGCUCGACUUCCUCGUCGCGGAUCCCAUCCUGCCUAACCACGAGGGGCACCCGUUCCCGCGCGACGUGUCGUUAAACUACACGGGCCGCCUGGUAGCGAGGUUUCUGCUGUCCUUUACGGACGAGAGAUACCUCUUCGACGGCCAAUACUAGGACUGCGGUUGCCUAACCGCGUUGCCUUCUAUGCUUCUGUGUAUAUAUAUUUGCCAGCGAUUGACUUGCUUAUUGUACGAUUUGGAACCGGAGCAACGGGGACGGCUGGGGAAAUCGUGUGUAAUAUACCCUGGGAUGACGACGAUGCUAUGUAUAAGAAAAUAUAGAUUUACGUGUGAGAGCAAUAAAGGCAUGACAUCCAUGUUAUGAAGCUUCGGCCGUAUUGUUAUUUGUAUCUUUAUUAUAGGCGCAUAUUUCUCUGAAAUUACAAGCAUUGAGUUUA